UGGUGAUGGUGGUGAAUGGAGCUUGCCCCGCAUCUCCAAAAACACCGCGGGCGAUCAAUGAAAGUAUGCUGCAGCAGAGCUAUUCAGCAGAAGUGCCACAUCAAUGGCGUGCUUUGGAUAUAAAUCGUGAACAACCACCCGAUGACCGAGCGACUUGAGGGAAUGAGAUCUAGUGCAGCCGAAAGAUAUGGCGACAAAUCAAGCAGACUGAUCGUCAUUGCCAUCGCCAAUGAUGUAUUAUUCGGAAAAGAGGAACCCACCUGGGCAUGCCGCUAGUCGAACACAUUCAUCGAUCCUCCAGAACGUUAUUUGAAGUACAGGUGAGCUCUAUAUAGCCAAGUGAGAAUAUAAGAGGAGCGCUCUCCUCGCGCGAGAUUUCUUGUCGUCCGGCAUCCUAUCUGGACGCCGACGACGACGACAACAACAACAACAACAACAACUGCUGCUGCUGCUGCUGCUGCUGCUGUUGCGAUCAUGCCUUUCUACACAGUCCAGCAUGCCGUGCCUCUCACCAUAUCUCAACAAGAUGAAUUGGCCGAGGCAUUGACGACAUUGCAUUCCACUCGCUUCACGACGCCGAGACUGUUCGUGAACGUUGGAUUUACCGACGUGAGCAAAGCAACGACCUACGUCGCCGGCCGCCGGAAAGUCUCCAACACUAUUCAAGGCUUCGUGCGCGCGGGUGCUACGCGCACCCAACAGGACUGGGACGAUCAUUCUCGCGACAUCGCUGCCGCAUGGGAUCGGAUUGUUGGGAAAGGCUUGCCUCAGAUUCGUCCUGCCGAUACGGAGCUGGACUACAGCAUCCGUGGUGUCUUCAUCAUCGGCGGCCUGAUCGCAGGCUACGAGGCGGGUUUCACAUUGCCUAGCGCAGGCAAUGAUGUGACUUGGCUCAAGGAGAAUCUGGCCGGAUUUCAAAAGGUUGCAGAUGAGGGUGACGAGGAUUUCCAGGAGUUGAUCCGCGAUGUGAAGGCACGAGGGCUGGUGACUGAUGGAGGAAACGCUAAAUGAUGGAGACGGGGAGCGGGCAUUGAUUUUCGGCUGGCUGUAGAGUCUAUGAUGCUGCUAAUAAGAUGGUUCACAGUAUAAUUGAAGUGCAAUCCCAGGCG